UACAACUCCCUGUAUCCUGGGUGCACCCGGCAUCAGCCAGCCGUCCAAAUCAGACACAGGCAAUUUGCAUUUGCAUGCUGUGUUGCCUAGAGCAUAGCCUGUCGUAUACCACCCCCACCCCCUUUACUUUCUUUCCUGGGUUAUUUGUGGGCUUUGGCUGUUCAAUAACUGUCGUGGCGUCGGGCCACCCACCAUCUGUGGAAGUGGGACAAGGGAGCAGAUGGCGCAUCCAAGCCGAGCUGCAGGGUUGCUGACGCUUACUGUUCGUGCAGCGCUGGAGAUGAGUAUCAGUCAUUAAAAUAAACCUCGCAACAGAACAGUGUCGUUUUCAGGGUUAGCAAUGACAGUGUGGUUGGGAUAGAUGCCGGGGACUCGAAGCAUUCUAGGUUGACCCAAUUGAUGCGCAACGAUCGGGCAACGAUUUGAUCACUGGCAUCAACUUAAUCCCCUUUGACGUGUCUCUGUCUCGCUGAACAAUGGUUGACAACCGCUACGCCACAGCUCUGGUUAUCGCCUGUGUGCUGAGCAUCAUAGCCACCGUUUAUCUGUCGGUGGCCAUCGGGACGCAACACUGGUACCAGUACAGCAGCCCCACGGUGCGCGGAGAGGCCAACAUAUCCGAGCUGCGCUCCCUGUACGAGGAGUUCAUGGACGGAGAAUUUGAUGAGAAAACCUACAGUGACACAUUGUUCCGCCUUAACGGCACUGUGGGCCUCUGGUGGCGGUGUGUGCUUGUUCCUGCCAACGCUCAAUGGUAUAAAGAGCCAGAUGCCAAGAUGGUGCUGGAGUGUCGAAGCUUCACUCUACUUCAACAGUUCACGCCAAAGUACAAAGAACCAGGGAACCACAACAGUGGAGAGGACAUGGUGCGCACGUAUCUAUGGAGGUGCCAGUUUCUGCUGCCAUUGGUUUCUCUGAGUCUGGUGACUUUGGCAGGUCUGACUGGAUUCUGUGCCUGUCUGUGCCGAAGCCUCACUCCAACCCUGGGAAUCGGAGUGCUUCACUUGCUGGCUGCUCUCUGCACAUUAGCCACAGUGUGCUGCUACCUGGCAGGGAUGGACCUGCUCCACAGGGUGUCUAUGCUCCCUGACAAAGUGGAUGGCUCUCUGGGCUGGUCCCUAUACCUGGCCCUCAUUUCCUCACCGCUCCACAUGAUGGCUGCCGCCCUGCUGGUGUGGGCAGCACGCAGCCAUAGUCAGAACUACUACCGCAUGACUGCCUACCGGGUGGCAUAGACUGAGAUUCGUGUUUGGAUCUUAAGCCCUGCUUAGAGUUUGACACCAAGAUGCAUUUUAUAAUGAGAUGGUUUUUUUCGUCUGUGUGUUUUUGGCUCUCAAGGAUUAAGGAUUGAUUGCAUGUACUGUACAGCAAUGACCCGCUCUGUUGCAUUAACAGAUUUGUUUUUUUUUAUCUCCCGGGAGGAUGGGGGGUGGGGGACACACACAGUAUGUAUAAUAUAGUAUAAGUGUGCUUCAGACUAAGUUAAAAACCAAGCAGAUACUGUGGCAUUGUUAUUGUUCCUGGCAUCUUUUUAUUAUAAGGGCAAGUGUUUAAAGCUGCAGCCUGAUUACUGCUCCUCUAUAUGUAUGUUAUCAUUUGGCUGCUGUGCUGACAGAAGACCCUGUGGAGACAAUUACAGUAGAAGAUGUACUGUUUGUACUGCACUUUGUGUUAUGGAAUUGGGAAACAUUCAUGUUUUACUGACCUCUGCUGGUGAACUUUACGAGUCUGCUGCACAUGUGAUUGCAGUUGGGUGUGAUGAUGACAGCUGAUGAUUUAGUACUUUGUUGAACUUUUGAAAUCAGCUGGCAGUGAUAAGUGUACUGGGCACACCCUAAGUAUGCUUCUACAGCAAAAGACAAAAGUUAUUUCGAACGGGUUAGCCGUGUUGUAAUGGGUCUUUUAUGUUAACUGCUUUGAAACGUAGCCAAAGAAUGUGGCCUCAGGAGGAGUUCUGUAUUUACACUGUUUCCGUGACUGCAAAUAAUUAACAUUGCUUUAAUUUCUUUUAACUUCAGUUCUAUUUAUUUAUUUAUUAUUUAUGGUAGCUGUGAGGUUCAGACUGUGUUUAUAAUUUGUUUAUCCAGUGUAUGGUUUUGUUUGCUUUUUGAUUAUAUUUCUCAUGCUGUGACCGAUUUUGUUGAAAAGAGGAAAAACAUCGUAGUGCUCAUUCACUUAUUUGUGUUGCUGACCAUGUACAUUCAUAUAAUUUGGUGUUUUAUGUUAUUUAUUUGAUCUCCAUUUGUUCCUUGAUUGACUGAUUCUAACAUGAACUGUCUCAGUGGGGUUUCAGGGGAAUUCAUUUCCCUCUUUGGCAUUAUGAAUGUACUUUAAAGGCCAUAUCAUGAUAAGCUGCAGCAUUAGUUUCAUUUCAAACAUUUCCUGACUGUUGCUGUAGUAACUGGUAGUGAAUUUCUAUUUUUUUAAAAAGUGAAAAUGAAACUAGUUAAAUAUAUUUGGGAAACAAAAUCACCAUUAUUACCCAUAAAUUUAUGGUAUAUGCUUCUAGAAUAUCACCACCGAUAAAGAUUUACGAGCUUCAUGAAUAUCUGUGAAAUGAUGCACUAUUCAUCUGAUUAUAGAUCAGAUUGUGUUUCACACAUUCAGCCUUUAAAUAUUAGAACCUCUAUCCCUGAAUGCAGAGCAGCAUAUGAUGUUUGUCAAAGUGUUGUUCAGUCCCCAGCUGUGAGCCGCAGUGGUUAAUAAGUAUACAUUUAAGUAUAGUGUGUGAGUGUGAGCAAGCAUAACACAUGCUGUUAUUUCAAUAAAAGUGUUUGUAAAAAUUUAA